CGUAUUGCAUUAUAAGCACCAGGUUUCAACCUACGUUGCGCAGCAGCGCUGCGCGCAUUGCUUGUUUCUGGACAGUCCCACGCGUUUCGUCUCACUUUACGUCGCAACAAACAAUGGGCCGGCCGUUUAUUGAGUGGCUUGACGGUCGCUGCUAUGCUUGCAAGAUGUGCCACUGCAACCUAGCGGCCGCUUCUGAGUUGCUGUCGCGCCAAUUCCACAGCAAGCAAGGCCGCGCGUACCUUUUCAACACCGCAGUCAACCUGCUGACCGGGCCCAAGGAGGAACGCAUGAUGACCACGGGGCUCCAUGUCGUGUGCGAUGUCUUUUGCUCCAAGUGCAUGUGGCCCGUGGGCUGGCGCUAUGUAAUGCUUCCCCUCCAUUCUCCUGCCUCCAACCUCCAACCUCCCUCUACCGCAGGAGCUGGCCUAUGAGAAGUCCCAGAAGUACAAGGAAGGCAAGGUGAUUCUGGAGCGCGCGUGUGUGGUGGACCUGCAGCCGUGUGAGGAAGGGGAGAUGGAGCUACUGGAGGGGGAGGGAGGGGAGACGGACAGCGACGAGGGGUACUGAGAGGCAGGCAGGGAGGGAGGGAGGGAGGGAGGGAGGGAGGGUGCGGGGUAGACGGGUGCAGCAGCAGGAGGUGGCGAGGCGACACGGCUGCUGAGAGACACAACUGCUGAGGCUCACCGCUGCUGGUGAUGGGGAGAAACACAGGGGGCGUUUCAUCACCCAGGGUUAAAGAUGUGACGGAGAGAUAACUGAGGAUGACGAGAGGUGCUGAUGAGGAGAAGAGUUGUAGGGAUUGAAGGGGUCAGCCGAGAGGAAGGAGGAACCUGGGGGGGUGCUGGAACGGGAGGGGUGAGUGGGGGCCCGGUUUGGGGUUUUGUUGACUGGGUUUGGGUUUGGUUGCUGCUGCUAAGCAUGUGCCAGGGCGGAGACUAGAUAGGUAGCAAGGGAUGUGGAGUGGUGGCCAUGCGCGAUUUUGUUGUUUAGGAGAGCGAGAGGGCGAGGUAGCGAAGCAACGCGUGCGAACGAAGUAUGUUAGGGGUUGUUAAGAAGUUGACGUUGCCAGAGUUGAAGGAGGUGUUUGCGGCGGGGGGUUUGAGGUCCAUGCAACGUACGGCGGGAGGAAAGAGCCGCAGCUAGGGCUACAUCUAUCACGAGUUGAGUUGACUGCAGGGAGGGUCUUUCCAAUGCUGGGGGUAGCCAUUGUCGUACCCCCGUCAACCAACCGAUCAGCCAUGUACGAUUAUGCUAUCCUUUCUGUACGGUACGGUUAUCCAAAUGUACAACACAUCAUAAGUUGAUUUUGACGUUUCAUGUGUUGUCCUUUCGUUGUGGUUUAGUCUGUGGGAUUUUACGGUACGUCCCGCUGGUGUGAGGGAAAGCUGCCUGUUGCUCCUCUUCACUUGGUUCCUGAUGCAUCGGAGAGUGCAGCAGGGUGACUGCUGUGUGGGAUGGGCAGUACUUUGAUAGGAUGUGUUGGGUGCCGGAUGGCGGAUGGCUGACGCUAGUCGGGAAAGCGUACGGAAAGCGUUCGGUAAGAAGGGAGGAGGGGGAAAUGGAGGAGGCCGGCCCGAAUCGUGCUUCACUGUUAAUCACAUGCAGAGUACCGGUAACAGUAGGUUGUGGGAGAUCGGUGGCGCGGCGCUGCUGUUGACUUAAUUUUGAUCUUGACUUGUCUCGACCGAUUUUCGACUGAUUCAGUUCAUCAGAGCAAGUUACCUUGGUGUCUUGAGCUCGUGUGUGUGUUUUCAUGUGUAUUUUCGUGCCACCCAUACCUUGCUCCCAAAAGCAUCGUGCCUGCUGGCUUCUACGCUUCCGGCUGUGUCACGGCUAGCACUGCACUGCCUUUUCCUUUUUGUGUGCCUUAUACGGCAUGUCGUACCGGUAUGGAAGGGGUGGUACGGCAUUGGAUUGGGGUGUCGUACAGUUUUGGCUGUUCAGUGCGACAGGCGACGGCCCGGGGAAGAAAGCAGUAGGUUACGGUUAUAUAAUAUCAUGGAACUGUCUUUUUGGACUUGCCAUCUGGAUGGGUGUGUGUUAGAUAAAUAGUUAAAAAGUGCAGGUUUUGUAUAAUAUGGGAAAACACGGCACAAAGGACAACGUUUUUAGGAGUGAAGGCGUGAGGAGGCGGGUACUCAUGAUUAGCAUGUCUGAUGGAUGCCACAAAUUAGUGUCACCCGUGACUAGUACCGGUGAAUUUGCCUGGGCUUGAGACAACAUGAUUUUGCUUUCUUUUGCGAAGAGUGAUAAUUGCUUAGUCUUUGUUUCAUUGCAGCCGCAGCCAGUUCGUUCCGAGGUCACAGAUUUGGUCAAUCUACAAUAUCCGAAUACGGCUAUUUGCCAAACACUCUGUACUAGUUCCGUGCGUGCACGGCUGAACUGUCCCUCCUUGCAAUGUAAGCUGGUGGAAGCAGUCAUGCGCGUGUUAUUGAGAUAAGCCUUUAAACUCCAUGAGAUGAGUCAUGUGAAGAGAGCCUGUCAAUUCCAUCCGUGCAACAUGUCGUGUAAGGAAAGCCUUUUAACUCAA